CCAGCUGCCUCGGGCCGCUCAGCCACCCGAGGUCGGCUGGGUCCGCCCAACACUUCCGGGUUAGAGCGCGCGUACUUCCUGUCAAGAUGGCGGCGCCCAGCAGAGUCAGGUGCGGGCGGCUCUGAGUCUCGGAGCGGCCGCAGCCCGAGGUCCUGGAGAUCCCCGGGAGCCGACCCCUCAGGACGCCGGGGCUGCCCCAGCAGCGACCCCUUCUCCCUCGCAGCACAGCGUUCUCCUGCACACACGGCCCAUGGCGGACGAAGGCUCGGGGGGCAGCCGCCUGCCCCUGGCGCUGCCCCCAGCCUCCCAGGGUUGCUCCUCGGGGGGCAGCGGCUCCGCGGCGGGGGGCUCGGGCAACUCGCGGCCCCCGCGCAGCCUGCCGGGCCUGCUGCAGAUGGCGAUCGCGGCGGGCUCGGAGGAGCCGGACCCCCCUCCGGAGCCCAUGAGUGAGGAGAGGCGUCAGUGGCUGCAGGAGGCCAUGUCGGCCGCCUUCCGGGGCCAGCGGGAGGAGGUGGAGCAGAUGAAGAGCUGCCUCCGCGUGCUGUCGCAGCCUGUGCCCUCUGCAGCCGCCGAGGCCGAGCUGGCCAGCGACCAGCAGGAGCGCGAGGGCGCCCUGGAGCUGCUGUCCGACCUGUGUGAGAACAUGGACAAUGCCGCAGACUUCUGCCAGCUGUCGGGCAUGCACCUGCUGGUGGGCCGGUACCUGGAGGCGGGGGCGGCGGGGCUGCGGUGGCGCGCGGCGCAGCUCAUCGGCACGUGCAGCCAGAACGUGGCGGCCAUCCAGGAGCAGGUGCUGGGCCUCGGCGCCCUGCGCAAGCUGCUGCGGCUGCUCGACCGGGACUCCUGCGACACCGUGCGCGUCAAGGCCCUCUUCGCCAUCUCCUGCCUGGUCCGAGAGCAGGAGGCGGGACUGCUGCAGUUCCUGCGUCUGGACGGCUUCUCUGUGCUGAUGCGGGCCAUGCAGCAGCAGGUGCAGAAGCUCAAGGUCAAGUCUGCCUUCCUGCUGCAGAACCUGCUGGUGGGCCACCCUGAGCACAGAGGAACCCUGUGCUCCAUGGGGAUGGUGCAGCAGCUGGUGGCCCUCGUGCGGACAGAACACAGCCCCUUCCACGAGCACGUGCUGGGAGCCCUGUGCAGCCUGGUGACGGACUUCCCCCAGGGCGUGCGCGAGUGCCGGGAGCCGGAGCUGGGCCUGGAGGAGCUCCUGCGCCACCGCUGCCAGCUGCUGCAGCAGCACGAGGAGUACCAGGAGGAGCUGGAGUUCUGCGAAAAGCUGCUGCAGACCUGUUUCUCCAGCCCUACGGACGACAGCAUGGACCGAUGAAGCGGGCGGCAUCCUGCCCUCUCCGACGAACCCAGGCCUCUGCGCCCCUCCCUGUCCACGGGGCCCUCUCUGGAGUGACUGCAGGGCCUCCUUGGUGCCUGGGCCGGGCGGGCCGGGCGUGCCGGCACGUCUGCGUAGGUCCCAGGAGGAGGUGUGGCUGCGUGGACUCCACCUCCCAUGCUGUCCCCCGUCUCCCUCCCUCGUCCACGUCUCCCAAUAAAGAUGUUUCCCCUGCUCCUCUGCUGUCUGUCCCCUCCUGGCAUGGAGAGGACAGGAGGGCACAAACUGGGCACUUGGGAGCCACUGGAGGAAUAAAGUGUUGCUCUUCAGAUCCA